AUGGCGGUCUCCACAGGAGUGAAAGUACCUCGUAAUUUUCAUUUGUUGGAAGAACUUGAAGAAGGACAAAAAGGAGUAGGCAAUGGUACGGUUAGCUGGGGCCUUGAAGAUGAUGAAGAUAUGACAAAUACAAGGUGGACAGGAAUGAUUAUUGGACCACCAAAGGUGGAUGCACGAAGCAUACCAGUGUUAACAAAAUGGCAAAAUUCAUAUAGCAUUAAAGUUGUACUUCAAGAAUUAAGACGUCUAAUGAUGUCCAAAGAAAAUAUGAAGCUUCCACAACCACCAGAAGGACAGACGUACAUUUUAGUGAAUCUCAAACUUGUCUUAACAACCUUCUACUCAUGUUAA